AGAAACUGUUCUUAACCCUUACCUAUAAUACCCAAAAAUAUUAGAGUUCAAAAUUAUUUAUUGAAACAAAUUUAACAACGUCGCUGAAUGCAAUUAUGUCAUCGCCGGCCCCAAAAUCGCCAGAACAAAGUGACAAAAGCCGAAAAUACGAUCGCCAACUUAGGCUGUGGGGUGACCACGGUCAAAAGCUCUUAGAGAACUCGAAAGUAUGCUUAAUUAAUGCAACCGCUUUGGGAACGGAAAUUUUGAAAAGUCUAGUUCUACCAGGUAUUGGUUCAUUUACGGUCGUCGAUGGGGAGAAAAUCACUGAAGAAGAUAUUGGAUCAAAUUUCUUUUUAGAAAAUGAAACAGUGGGCUCAUCGAGGGCUCAAGUUGCUACACAGUGCUUGCUUGAGUUAAAUCCAGAUGUUAGAGGUGAUUACAUUGAUGAAUCUGCUGAACAUAUUAUGGCGCACACUCAAAACUUUUUCAAGAAUUUCGACGUGGUAAUAGCGGUUGCCUUACCCGAAAAAGUUUUGAUGCCUCUAUCAAGACACCUUUGGGACUGUGAAGUACCAUUGAUGGUGUGCCGUAGUUUAGGGUUUUUAGGCUAUAUCAGGCUUCAAGUGAAGGAGCACACUGUUAUUGAGGCCCAUCCUGACAGCGAGAGCCCGGACUUGCGCCUGGACGCACCAUGGCCCGCCCUUAGGGAUUACCUCGAUGCGGUCAACAUCGAGGACCUUGAUCAAAAGGAGAGAAGCCACGUACCACCGUUGGUAAUUUUGCAUUUCUAUUUAAAGAGGUAUAAAGAAAAACACAAUGGAGAUUUUCCUCAAAAAAGAGCUGACAAAGAGGAGUUGAAACAAUUGAUCCGGGAUAGCGGAAGUUCAGAAGAGAGCAGCAACCGGUUUCUGCUGGAGGAGAACUUCGAACAGGCUGUCCACUACGCGAAUUCGUUCUCAAGUCAGCGCAAAAUACCGGACCACGUGCAACAAAUUUUAGACGACGAGAGCUGCAUUAAUUUAACCCAGAACAGUUCACCGUUCUGGGUAAUGGCGGCCGCGCUGAGAGAAAUGGUUCAAACCGAGGGCGAUUUGCCAGUGAAGGGAACGUUGCCUGACAUGGCCGCAGAUACUAUAAGCUAUGUGACUUUACAAAAUAUCUAUCAGAAGCAGGCGCUUAAACAAUCUGAAGCGAUAUAUAGAAGAGCUGCUCAGAUCGCCAGGAAUUUGGGAUUGCCACAGGACACGGUCACGGAAAGCGAGGUCAAGUAUUUCUGCAAGCAUUCUAGCGAAUUACACGUAAUCAGAGGCAGUUGCAUAGCGGACGAGUACCAGAAAAGCAGUUUCGACUUAUCGUCGUACCUGGAAGAUCCAGACAGUCUCAUGUUUUAUUACGUGAUCUUGCGCGGACUCGAGAGGUUCAUAAGCGAAUUUAACUCGUACCCGGGCCAAUUAGACGAUCAGGUUGAGCCCGACUUGUUGAAAUUAAAAGGUAUCAUCGGAAAACUGCUGACCGAAUGGGGUUUUUCUCACAUUUUGCGUGACGAGAGGGUUCACGAGGUAUGCAGAUACGGAGGUGCCGAGUUGCAUUCAAUCUCUUCAAUAUUGGGAGGCUGCGCGGCACAGGAAGUAAUUAAAGUCAUCACCCAUCAGUAUAAACCUUUGAAUAAUACAUUUAUAUACGACGCAAUUACUUCCACAUCCGCCACUUUUUGUUUGUAAUUUAUUUCGUACUAGGUUUUAAAUAUACUAUUAUAUUUCCAAGUUAUAUAUUACCUUUGUCCCUAGAAAAACCAAACAAAA